AUUGACGUGAACCAGUUCAAGAUUCUCAAGGAGCUCGGUCGGGGGGCGACCGGCAAAGUCUUGAAAGUGCGGGACCGCGUAAGCAAAAAACACCUGGCCCUCAAAGUUAUCAAAAAGGGCCGAGACGACUGGCUUCCGGACCAAUUUAUUCUGAUGGAACAACAGGCGUUGGUCCGAAAUUCCGGAAACAGGCAUGCCCUUCAGUUGGCCGCCAGCUUCCAUGAUUCCGAAAACUUCUACUUAGUCAUGGAGAUCCAGACCGGAGGCGACUUAGAACAAUUGCUCCGCUCCAUGAUAAUACUGCCGAUAGAACUGGCCAGAUUCUACGCAGCCGAACUGCUCGUCGGACUGCACGAAAUACAUGCGCGGGGUAUUAUGCACCGCGACAUCAAACCCGCGAACCUAUUGAUCGACGAAAAGGGGCAUUUAGUGAUCUCCGAUUUCGGUUUCGCCAAGUUAUUCGAGGUGUCUGGGGGAACCCACCCUUACGGGUACAACGGCCCGCUGUCUCGGGCUCCGUACCUCGCCGAAGGAUGUUGCGGGACCCCCGAGUUUCUUUCUCCAGAGAUGCUGAAGGAUGCUGAAUAUGGGUUCUCGGUCGAUUAUUGGGCAGCAGGCAUCACAAUAUUCGAGAUGCUCGUAGGUCACGUGAGUAGGCUGGUGCUGGAAGUGAGACGACCCACUAACCGCAUAUUGCAUAGACACCCUGGCACAGGGCAAGAGAUUUGGAUGAACUGGUUCAUGGCAUCUGCCGCACGCAGGUCCCGUCCUAUGCCGUGCCGCGCCCAGCUCGUAUGCUGCUACUUGGCGUAA